CCUUUUAUAUUCAACAGCUCUUAUCAUCAUACAUAAAUCAUUGCAUAUUUCAUAUACCAAUAAUAAUAAAGUCCAAUAACCCUUCCUUCAAUCAUAAUGUUGCAACCUUUCACACCCUUCUUUUCCUUUCUUCAUAGAAAAUCCAAAUCACUCUUCAACCUCCCAAAACCAGCACCGAGUAGUAGUUGCUGUUCAUGCUGGUGCUGGAGAAGACAGCGACCCAGAAGAAAAUUCUCACCAAGUUUUGAUUUUGAUGAAUUCUCAGCGUCUUUCCUAGACAUGAAUCUGUCAAGGCAGUUCCAACAAGUGUUCAAGCUCAUUGAUUCCAAUGGUGAUGGAAAAAUCUCAACCACUGAGCUCAGUGAAACUCUUCUAUGUCUUGGAUACAACAAGUGCAUGGCUAAAAAAGAAGCUGAGAGAAUGGUGAGAGCUUUGGACUUUAAUGGAGAUGGGUUUGUUGACUUUGAUGAAUUCAUGGUUGUGAUGAGAGAAGGAAUAGCAACAACAGAAGAAGAAGAAGAAGAAGAAGGUGGCAAGAACAAUAACAAUAAUAGUAUUGAUCAAGAUGAGUAUCUUAUGGAUGCUUUUCAUGUGUUUGAUUCUGAUAAGAAUGGAUUAAUCUCUGCUAAGGAAUUGAGGAGAGUUUUGGUUAAUCUUGGGUGUGAUCGUUGCAGCAUCAGAGAGUGUAAGCGUAUGAUCAAAAGUGUUGACAAGAAUGGUGAUGGGUUUGUUGAUUUUGAUGAAUUUAGAUCCAUGAUGAAAAAGGGACUUUCCAAAUCCAAACAAAAUUAGAACAAAAUUGGGUUUGUCAUGUAUCUUUCAUUAUUCUCUAAUUUUUCUUCUUUUUGAUCAAGUAUCAAAUAAUUAUUAUUGUAUUUUAUGCUAAUAACAUAUCAUCAAUUUAUUAUUAGAUGAAGUGUAAUCUUUAUUCAUAGUAAAGUUUAAGUCUCAUCCAAUAAUAAAUAGAUGAUAUUUUAAUUUGAAAUACAAUAAUAAUGGUUGUCAAAAAUAUUUUUCUUUGUUUUUGUUCACUUUACUAACAUAAUGUAUUCAUACU